UCUUUCCAGUAUUCAUGUUGGCGCGCUUAUGCUCUUAACAUUUUGUAGUCAUUUUACCUUUUUGUUGAAUUUGUAGUCUUGUGUAUUAUUAUUAAUCGCUUGUUUAUGUGUGUGCGCGCGUGUGCAGUGCAUAAAUUAAAAGAAGAAAAUCAUAUAGAGUGAUUUAGUUUUCAGUGUUGUGUUAAUCGAUACGAGAAAUUAGUGCCGGUGUGUGGAUUAAUUUAUUCGUUGAAUUGUGUAUGGUGUAUGUGUGCGAAUCCAAGUGCUAAUUGUGCAUGUGUCCGAUGAACUUUGUUAAUUUUACUCGCUGUUGAUAAGAGGAAGAGAAUAUACGAGCUAAUUUUUCGAGUAAUUCUGCGUGUUCAUGUGUCGGUGUCGCGUGUUUGAUUAGCCAUUUUAUUAGCGAUUGAAAAAGAGCGCCAAAAAUUUGAUGGUGCAAUAUACAUACUCACGUGAUUGUGAAAUUCGCGAUAGCAUAAUUUUAUGUCUAUGGAUGGCAUGGCGGUCUGUUGUGGAUCCCAUCGUGAAUCGAAAUUAUCCGAUGACGGGCAUUGAGGUGUUUUUUGCAAUCGUAUCGUUAUCAGUGUAACCAUCUUUGAUACGUGAUUCGAGUGUUCGAGAUAGUUUUCCAAUCAGAUCACGUGGCGAGAUUAGAAUUAUUCCUCGCACCUCAACGUACAACCGCUUAGACGAGAGACGAGAUGAGGAAACGUGCUGAAAAAUUGAUCAAUUUGAAAUGAUCGAAGGCCGAUAAUCGAGAAGCAGGAGGCGAUUUUUCCAUCUAUUUUAACAUCGAAUUUGGCUGUGAUCUGUUGAUCGUGUGAGGCGCCGGCAAUGAAUAUCGAAUCGACUUUUGCGGCCGCCGCAGCAGGUCAUUCUCUGCGAGAUGGCAUGAAUUAUCCAUCUUUGAACUCGUUACCUGUGGGAGUACAGGUAGCCGCACAGUCCGCGGGGAACGUGCCUCCACAGACGUCGCAUUACGUGCAAGGCACGCCGUUGCAGACAUCGGCGGUCGCUUCCGGUAUAACAGUUAAUGCGCACGGAUUGACGCCGCACGGAGGUAUAACCACAUCGACGCCGACUGUGCUGUCGUUGCCUAACCAACACUCGCAGGGCCCAACACCGGCUAGUACUCCACCGGCAGCCCCUAAUGAUCCAAAAACCACGGCUCAUUAUCCGCAACAAACAGCUUCGUACCAGCCGCAUAAUAUGAACUAUACUUUUAAUCCUUCUGCUGCUGCUGCUGCUAGCAGGAUGUAUUACAAUCCUCGUAGUGUCCCCCAUAACCAAAAUAAUCGAACUAUGCCGCACAUGACUGGAGCAAGACAACCUUUUCUAGGUUAUCCAAAUCAGUACGCUGUGCCGAUACAAAUGCUUGCAUCGCAUCUACCAAAUCCGAAUAAUAAUACGGUUACGUUUAGCCCUUACCCGAACGAUCAGUUCGCCAAUUUAUAUAUUUCGCAACAAAAUCCUACUUCUUCGCAAAACUAUGCUAUGCCAGGAUAUGCACCUUUAAGGCCGCCUGCAGCGAGCACUGUACGAUCAACGAAUCAGACGCCCGUAUAUAGUAACUCAAAUGUUCAAACUAAUAUUAUGUAUACACCUACGGUGAAUCCGAUUGCGCAUUAUACGCAUCAACAACAGCAACAACAGCAGCAGCAGCAACAACAACAACAGCAACAGCAGGCUGCUAAAGUUCAGAGCAAGGAGCGCAAAAAUCGUAUUAGAAUUGUCGAUCCGGAAACCGGCAAAGAGGUAGAUUUUGGUAACGAACAACAGCAAAAUGACAAAACUAGCGAGAAAAGUGAUGAUACUGAGACGAACGCGAGCAGUGUACGCGUAGAAUUCGCUACAGAAGUAGGCAAACGCGCUUUGGAACCUUCGCUGAGCUCGACUACGGCGUCGUACGGUUCUUCGGCGACUGGUGCGAAAAAAGAAUCAUCUCCGGCGAACGUGAUGAACGGUCCGGAUAAGAGCGCUUCCGCGACGGCUGCUACCGCACAGCCGUCGUAUUUACCAUCGACGAAAAUCGAUUACAAGUCUUCGACGACGACUCCGCCGUCGUUACCAAGUAGCGGCGUUGGCGCUGCGUCGGCUGCGAAUAGUUUUCAAAACGCUGUUAACGAUAGUAGUAAUAGUAUAGAACCUCCCGUAGUCAAUUCACUUAAGUCUUCGAACGCGGCCGCGAACGCGUUCCAACCUAAGCAACCAAUGGAUUACAAACGACCUACGAGGGAAGAACCGUCGCCGCCGACGACCACCACCAGCACUAGCAGCGGUAUAGCGGCGCCGGACGCGGCCACAGCUGCGGCGAAACCAUCGCCGACGUGGCCAGCGGAAAACAGCGGUGGUACGCCGUCGACUGUUGCGCAAUCUGCAGCGUCGAUAGUCGGACCGAAAUCGUCGGCUAGCGUUGCGGCGGCGACCGUUGUUGGCAAGAAGAUUCCUCCGAAAGAAGCCGGCGGCGUCGAAGCCAACGGCGCGUCGGUCGUUUCCACUUCAUCGGUCGGUUCCUCGCAAUCGGCGUCGUCCGCAACGGCGGCCACGUCGGCUGUACCGAAUCUUACCCCGUCGCAAGACGGACCAAAAGCACCUUCCGUUACCAGUCCUUUAGUCGUAGAUAGUAAUGAUUCGUCGUCAUGUAAAAAGACGCCGAGCGCCGCUAAACAGGGUAUUCAACAAAGUGUCGCACCAACCGACGAAGCAGAUUCGGCGGCAGCGACCCCGACGACAGCUGCUGCGGUAGUCAGCUCCGGUGCCACGAACGCGAAGCAGCCCGCUUCCGCCUCCGGGCUACCUCAGGCCGCUAAAUUCGCCAGUCCGGCUACUGCCUCGAGUCAAUCACUGCCUUCGGCCGGUCAAGCUGCUGGUACUACUCCGGUGUCGAGUAACGCGGCUGUUCCGACACCUGCUCAAUCUAAAGUCGACUCGAAGGCGACCAGUUCGCCGACACCGUCGCAGCAAAAGCCGUCGACCGGCGCGUUACCAACUUCCGUACCGAGUAGCGAGAAACCAUCGCCUAUCGCUACGCCCGGAGCACCGUUAGGACAGCCGUUCCCGUCUAAGACGGCCGCCGCCGCUGCAUCUUCGGCCUCCGCCGCGGCUUCCGCGCCCGCUGAUAAAAACGUCGCGGCUGCAGCUAAAGACGACAAAGCUGCGAAUCCGUCCGCCAAAACGAAAAAUCGCAAGGAGAACGCCGAAUCGAACGCCGCCGAUCAGAACACCAAGAAAUCCGCCGCUCAGAAUGCGCCUGCUGCCAAGCACCAGAAUACCGAGUCGACGGCCAAGUCAGCUCAAAGCGCCGCCGCUGCUGCUGCUACUGCUCCUGUAACCGCUUCCAAGCAGACGAACGGUGAUGCUGCCGAUGCUCAAGGUGUUGUCGAAGGUAAAUCGAAGAAAAACAAGAAAUCUUCCAAGAAGGAGAUAAUAAAUAAGAAGGGAUCGGAGAAAGAGGGCUCUGAUAUGGAUGUAUUCACCGAGAAACCUUCUUCGCCGCCGGAAAAAGCUCGCAAUGCUGAAAAAGUGCCCGCUGCUCCGACCGCUGUACAAACUAAUAAUACUACUGCGAAUCGUUCCAGUAAAACUAAUUCUAGUCAGAAACCUAUCGAUGAUAAGGAGGAUAUUUCCGCUGUGGAGUCGAAGAAAGGACUCGUUACUCACCAAAACAUUCCCACAACGCAGACAGUUUCUACAUCUGAUUCACAAAAGACUGAACAACCAACUGUCUCAGAUUCUCGUCCGAGGAAGUAUACAGUCGAGUUUCUGUUAUCGUUACGUGAUUUACCCGAUUGCAAGAAAUCGGUAAAAGUUGCCAAUGAUUUACCGGGCAAUCUGUAUUCAGAUAGUGGUUUUCAGUUGCGAACUCAAGGCGCUUACACAGCCAUGCCUAGUAAUAAUUUCAUGAUGCCUGCAUUUAUGAAUACGGGUCGUGGUUCGAUGUCGUUACCAACGCGUAAAAGUCAACAAGGUAGACUGAAGAACGAUCGACAACCUACAAUCCAUGUUACCUUAUCGCUUAAGGAAGACGUUCCUUUACGCUCUUCGAAGGAUGCUUGGAAACCGGCCAGACUGAAUCCAGAUAUGAGGAAUUUGAAUAACGAUGAUAAGAAAACUCAAGAGUUGUACAAAUCCGUUACUGGUAUUUUAAAUAAAUUAACGCCGGAGAAAUUCGAUCAUCUGAUUGAAAAAAUUAAAAAUUUACCAAUCGACAAUGUGCCCAGAUUACAAGGUGUUAUAGAUUUAAUUUUCGAUAAGGCUAUCGACGAACCUGGUUUUUGUAAAUGGUACGCCGAAAUGUGCCGUGUGAUGCAAAACGUUACUGUGCCCGAUAAAGAUGGCGGUAAAAUGCAAACCUUUAGGAUACUUUUAAUUAAUAAAUGCCAGCAGCAAUUCGAGCGUGAUAAGGCCGAAGAAUUGGAUGUGAUAAAGAAACAAGAAGAAAUCGCCGCGUGUACUGAUCCGGAAAAGAAAAAAGAGCUUCAAUUAUUAUUCGAAGACACCGAACGUAAAGUUCGCCGAAAAUCAGUCGGUAAUUGCAGAUUCAUUGGUGAAUUAUUCAAAUUGCAAAUGUUAACCGCUAAGAUUAUGCUUCGUUGUAUUACCAAGUUGCUAGGAUCAACGGACGAAGAGUCGUUAGAAUGUUUAUGUAAAUUGUUAACCACCAUCGGAAAGGACCUAGAAUCGAAAUUGGCUCAAACUCAAAAGAAAGAAUUAGAACAGUAUUUCGAUAAGAUGCAAGAUCUUUCAGAAAAUAAAAAACACAAAGUAUCGUCCAGAAUCCGGUUCAUGUUGCAAGACGUGAUCGAUUUGAGGAGAAACGAAUGGGUACCGAGACGCGAAGCCGAUAACCCUAAGAAAAUCGAGCAAAUUAAUGCCGAACACGAACGUAAAGAGCAAGAAAUUAAAAUGAUGAAUCUUCAAACUCCUCAACGUGGCGGUCGCGGUUACGACGAUAAUUACAAUAAUAGAAAUAAUAGAGAUUUCAAUAAGAAAGGCUCCAGAACUGGUAGCCAAAACGACGACGAAUGGAAGACUGUCAGUGUCAAGAAUUACAAAACUCCUAAUUAUAAAGUUGACACGAAUAAAUUUAACGCUAUUGGUACGACGAGUCAAAUGCAAGUUUCUGAUUCGCUCGGUCCUACCGGCGGUUUCAAGCAAUGGAGCUUUGGUGUAGCGGCGUCUUCGAAAACACUCAACGAUAAGAAGAGUGUGUCGAAUUCGUUUAAUCCGUCAUCGUUCUCCACUAGUAAUAGUUUCAGAAGUUUAUCGAAUAAGGUGACGCCGUCGUCGUCGAUGGAGAAACCUAAACCUUAUCCUAAUAGAGAUGUCGCCGAAGCGGGCAAAAUCUCGCGCAGCGGAUCCGCUCAAAAUAUACAUCCGUCGUCGCGUGAAAGCUCGAUACCAAGGCAGCAGCCUCCGUCUCGAAAUGCUUCGCAAAGCUCCAGACAACCGUCGUCUUCGUCCUCGUCAGCGCCUGCGAUGCUGCCUGCGGACGAAUUAAAACGAGCCACCGUUACCAUUUACCAAGAAUACGAUAGUAAUAAUGAUUUGAAAGACAGCAUGGAAACUUUCGAAGAACGAUUUAAUCCAAAACAACUAGCAGAUGCUGUGCAAGAGAUGAUAGCUUAUAUAAUAGAAAAUAAACCUAAAUCGGCCGCCAAAUGCGGAGUAUUUUUAGUUAAUUUAAUCAAACGCGGAGUUGUUACCAAGAAGCAUUUUAUCGAAGCGGUGAAAUUUUUCUACGAUAUGGCGGAUGAUUUAAUUAUAGACUGUCCUAAUAUGUGGAUCUCUUUGGCUGAAAUUUCAAGUCCACUAGUUAUUCAAGACUGUUUACAAAUUAGCGAUUUACAGACUGAAGUACCGAGUAAAACGUUGCUAGAUCUUAUUAAAACUACGAAUGAGGCUCCUGUAGAUAAGGAUAGUGUACUGAAGAAACACCUACUAGAAAGUCUGGAAAAAGACAACUCCGAUGAAAUCAUUAAAUGGAUCGAUAAUAAUUUCGAAAACAGCCGAAAUUCCACGUUGUUGGUCUCGAAGUUGACGACGAUAGUUUGUGAAAUUAUCGAUAAAGUGUGGCAAAAGGAAAGCAACAAACAAGGUGACGAAAGUAAUGCCAUCGAAGAUACGAUGAAAAAGUACAACAGAUUGUUGAAAAUUUAUAUCGAAAACAAAAGCGAAUUAGAAAUGCAAUGUUUAUUGGCUGUGCACGAAUAUGUGGAUAAGGCGAGUUAUCCGCGAGGUUUGCUUCACGGAAUAUUCGAAUCAUUAUAUGAUCUGAAACUAGUAUCGUACGAUUCGUUCGAACAGUGGAAAAAUAGCGACAAGACACCUAGAUUGGGAGUUGCGAUGAGUUUGUUACGGCAAUUUUUCGAAUUCUUAGGAGAAACGCAACAAAACGACGACAGCGCAAAUCGUUGAUGAGCGUGCUUUUGGUGUUGUUGGAAGUUUGAUUAUCAUGUAAUAUAUUUUAAUUGCGCUGAAGUACACGCGAAAAAAAUUAUCCGUUUAUUUUAAAAAAUGAAUUAGAUAUAAAAAAAAAAUGAAAAAAAUAUGUAUUUUUUACUUAUACGAAUAUUUACGACGCGUACUAAUGUUAUGUAUUUGUACAAAGCGAGUGCUAUUAGAAAAGUUGAAAAAAAAAAGAAAAAAAAUCCUUUUUGCCGGAAAUGAAAUUAUAUUAUUAAGAAAAGAUUUGCGUAGAUUUCGCGUGCUAAUUUCUCUCGUGAUUUGUUUCCCUCGCUAUUCGCAUCAAAGUUUAUCGACGACUUCCUAAAACAUUUAUAAUACGGAUCUUUUUAUACGCAUGUAUCGAAUUUUUAAUUAUUUUUUUUUCUCCUCGGUCGAGUGUACGCACGGUAUCGUUACGCUGCGCGUUAGUUUUUUUUACCCGAUAUGUAGAUAAUUCUACGAUGAAUUUUUUUUAUCGCGUUGCAAUUUUUUUGCUCCUGAUUUUGUCGUUAAGGUUUCGAAAUUUUACAUCUACGCUAUUUUUUCUCCCUUUUUUUAUGUUGUAUAUUUUUAAUCUUCCUUUUUUUCAUAUUAUAUUUCUCUUCCUCGGCAGAACAUGACCUGAUGAUCGAUGAUCUUUUUUUCUGCGUUAUAAAUUCUUUUGAUUUUUUUUUCGUCUCUUGUUGGGUAAUUUUUUUCUAUUCGAAUUUUUUGGUCUCGUUGAAAAAUUGUUGUGUUUGAGAAAAAAAUAUCCGGUGAAUGUUUUUGCGUUUUGCGUUUAAUUCGCAGUUCAUUUUUUCUUUCGUUUCGUUUGUUUAAUUAAAGGAAUAAAAAGAGGUUAAUUUAUUUAACGAAUAAUGUAUAUAAUAUUUUUAAUUUUUUAAGGUUUAUUUGCUAUAUUUAUAAAUAUAUUCCUACCAUAGGUUUUAAGUAUCGUAUAUGUACGUAUGAUGAUGUUAUAUUUAUUUUAAAUACAACGCGCAUAUGUAUGUAUAAUAUUUAUAAUACGGAUUUUUUUAAAAAUGAAAAUCGAAAAAAUUAACGAACGUUGUAAAACAGCGAUCGGAGGUAUCGUUGCGGUGCGAUUUCCUCCAAUGGCUGGAAUAACGUAAUAAUUUUUUUUUUUCGUUAUUUUUCAAAAAACGCUGUGAUUUGCUCGCGUUUUGUUAUCAGACUCUUUGUUGACUUGAUUGUUGUACUGUUGUAAGUCUUUGGGGGUCGCCACCCCUGGAGAAAUGGUGUAUGUGUUGUAUUAUAUAAAAAAAAAAAUGACGGUUCAUUAUUUUUUCUUCUUUUAUAUACAUAUUAUAUAUUAUUUAAAUUGUGAUCAUGCGUGUAAUAUAUAUUUAAUUUUUAUCUUCGAGUUGAUUUUUUGCUCGACUCGACUCGAAAACCCCCUUUUAAAAAUAAUUGCCUUACCUAUCUGCCCCUCUCCUUAUCCGAGAUAAUCAAAUAUAAGGUUUUGUAAUUUAUUUUAUCAGCGUUUCGGUGAAGUGUGACGUAGAAAAAAGGUGUAUUCGUAUGUAUAAAUAAUUCUUUUUUUUUUAUUUGUACGAUUUUAUUUUAUAUUUGUAUUUUUAUAAAUCGUGAUUUUUUGUCGACGAAAACUUUUUUGUAUGUAAUUUUUUUUCUCUCGCGUGCGCGCCCUUUAUUGUGAUUGUAAUUUCGUUCGAAUGAAGAUUCAAUUUUGCUCACGGAUAUCGGACGACGCGACGUCGCGAACUCUUGGACUGGAUUUUACUUUUUCAUGGUACCAGAAAAAUGACCGGGGAAGCGGAUACGUGCGCUCUCAGAUGCCUCACGUAUCAAUUCUCCUACAAAAGCAUCGAAUGUAUUCUCGACUUGGUCUUUUCUGACGUGUUAUUUUUCUGGUUGUGACAAUCAACCAAACUGCUCGGGAUUCUUGGUAUCCUGACAGUUUGUCCUAACUGACUUACUUGAAUGAAUUUGAUGGACGUGAAACGAGUUUGAAAUUCCGCUGCUGUAUGAUUGGACGCCAGUUCGCAUAUUUAUUUGAUUGCGGGAACGAUAUAAUCGUUGUGAUUCGCAUAAACCAAGUGAACUGUUCACAAGUAACAUUUGUAUAUAAUUUCGUACGUAUCAUCAUCAAGCGGCUUGAAUUGUUAUGAUUGUUUUUUUUUUUAAAUUAAGGACUGAUUUUUGUUUUAUGAAAUUUAGUUUGUUUGUAUUUUUUUUUUUUUUUUUUUUUUGUAAUUGUCAAAUAAAUACUAUGUUACUUGGA